ACCAGUUUAAGGAAACCAGACACCGUGGGAGCGACCUCAGCCAGCAGCCUCGUUCCUGGAAGAGCGACGCCCACACGGGGCUGGGUGCCAAGCAUUCAUGUUCCCCAUCUGGCCCCGACGAAUUCAGCCCUGACCCGCAGGACGGAGCCCAUGGCGGCCGUUUUCUUGCCCGGCAACCUCCAGGAUGAAGCCACUUGCUCCGUCUGCUUGGAGUUCUUCAAGGACCCCGUCUCCAUCGAAUGCGGGCACAAUUUUUGCCGGGCCUGCAUUGUCAAAAGCUGGAAGGACCUGGAGAUGGAUUUCCCUUGCCCUCAAUGCCGUGAGGUCUUCCAACAGAAAAGCUUCAGGCCCAACCGCCAGUUGGCCAACAUGGCCGAAAUCAUUGGCCACUUCGCCCUGCGCGGGGCCAAGGGGGCCGAGGAGGACGGGGUUUGCCCCAAGCACCGCGAAGCCUUAAAACUCUUCUGCAAGGACGACCGCAGGACCAUCUGCGUGGUGUGCGACCGCUCCCGGGAACACCGCCCCCACGCUGUGGUUCCCGUGGAUGAGGCGUCUGAGGAGUACAAGGAGAAAAUCCAGGGCCGCUUGGAUUUCCUGAGGAAGGAGCGGCAGGAGCUGCUGGAGUUUAAAGUGAACGACGAUAAAAAAACCCAGGAACUUUUGAAAACCAUCGAGACCGAGCGGCAGAAGCUGCUCCUGGAGUUCGAGAGGCUGCGGCAGUUCCUGCACGAGCAGGAGCACAUCCUGCUGGGGCAGCUGGAGAAGAUGGAGAAGACCAUCGCCAAGAGGCAGAACGAGAACAUCACCGACCUCUCCAAGGAGAUCACGCUCCUCAACAAGCUCAUCACCGAGCUGGAGGAGAAGAUCCAGCAGCCACUGCUCGAGUUCCUCAAGGAUGUGAUGAACAUCUUGAGCAGAAGCGAUGACGUGAAGUGCCAGAAGCCGGUGCCGGUUUGCACGGAUAUGAAGAUGCACGUCUGCAAUUUCUCCCUCAAAACCGUGGUCCUGGAGAAAGUCUUAAAGAAAUUUAGAGAGGACCUGACCCUGGACCCCGAUUCGGCGAACCACCUCCUCAUCCUCUCGGCGGACCUCAAGACCGUCAGGAUGGGCUGUCGGAAACAGGAGCUGCCUGACAACCCCAAGAGAUUUGACACCAACUCUCGGGUGUUGGCCACCACCGGCUUCAAGUCGGGAAGACAUUACUGGGAGGUGGAAGUGGGUGCCUCGGACGGUUGGGCCUUCGGGGUGGCCAAGGAGUCGGUCAGGAGGAAAGGCCUGACUCAGUUUUCCCCCGAAGAAGGGAUUUGGGCCGUCCAGCAAAACGGGGGCCGCUAUUGGGCCGUCACCUCGCCCCAACGCACCCCGCUGUGCCUCAGCCAGAAACUCAACAAGGUGAGGGUCUACCUGGAUUACGAAGGGGAGGAGGUGUCCUUCUACGACGCCGACAACAUGCAGCACAUCUUCACCUUCAACGUCGCCUUCCGGGAGAAGGUUUUCCCCCUCUUCUCCGUCUGCUCCACCGUUACCUACAUCAAACUCUGCUCCUGA